CUUUCGGGAAAUUCGCUGAUCUUACGUGCAAAAUGAAUAUUUUCAGACAGUUUUUACCGAUUUCCCAACAACUUUCAAAAUGCCUAGCGACAGUGAGUUCACAGCAAGCAUCCGCCAUACUGCAAAGGACUGGAGGAGUGAUAUUACCUGUGCGCACAAUUGCUACGACGAGCCCGCGAAAAGAUUUGAUGGAGUUUUUCGACGACAAGAAAAACUGGGGCGAACAGGAAGUAAAACAUGGCCGGGGAUGGACGAGGGAUGAUCUGCGCAUUAAAUCCAACAGCGACUUGCACAAACUCUGGUUCGUGCUGCUAAAGGAGCGUAAUAUGCUGCUAACGAUGGAGCACGAAUGUAAAGAAAAAAUGGAAUUAUUCCCCAGUCCCGAGCGGUUGGAUAAGGUAAAGGAGUCGAUGGAAAAUUUGGAAGAAGUGGUACGGGAGCGGAACCGUGCAUACUAUCUGCUGGAAACUGGCGAAAACGGUGAACGUCCUGGGCGGGUCAGACCGAAUGAGCUUGGAAUACGGUUUUUCUAUCGCUCGUUUGAGCACGUCAUUCCAAAGUUUGCUAAUCGCAAGUGGAACGAACGCCACAAGUUUACAUUUGGUGGUUCGGCCGUAUGGAAAUUCUUACGCAUGUAUCGUGAGAGGCUGUACAACGAGAAGCGAAAGCUGCGUAACAGGGAACGUAAUGAGGUGGUCCAUUUAUUGCGCCGGUUCCCCAACAUCGACCGGGAAACGCUAGCUCAGCGAUUCCCAUCGGUCGAUGUGGAGAAGCUGUACAAACUGGAUAAAAUCCGUAUCAAUCAGUCUGCACCGAAAGGCUCGUAAACGUGUGUCAGUGUGAAUGAAAUAGUUGUGAAUACAAGAACCAUAAACUACAUAACUAUCUUCUUUUAAAUU